AUGCCGUCCGCAGUUGAGGGCAUGUCAGUCCUCCAAGAUGGAUCGCCACACCGGUCCAGGAAGGCAUCGGUCAAGGUCCUCAAUCGAAACAUCGGCCAGGUCGUGCUGGGCAACCUGCUCUUCGAUACCUGGUACUACUCGCCCUACCCGGACAGUAUCAUCCUAGGGCCAGACUACCAACCACACGCGGGCAAACACGUCGGUUCAGCCGCCGACCUGAGAAACGGAGCCGCUCGUACCAGCUUGCUGAACAGUCUCGACCCGAUGUGCCGGCGGCUAUAUGUCUGCCCGCGCUGUUUUCGCUACACGCCCAGUGAGCGCGACUACGUGCAGCAUCUACAGCAUCAUCAAGAAAGGCAUGACCGGGGCCUGGAGAUGCAACCCGUGCCGGACUCGGCGGUCAAAGUGUACGAUUGGGAGGGUUAUGCGGUCUGGGAAAUCGACGGCGAGAAGGAGAAGCUCUAUUGUCAGAAUCUGUCGCUGUUUGGGAAAUUGUUUCUCGAGCAGAAGAGUGUCUUCUUCGAUACGGCCGGGUUUAAGUACUAUGUCCUAACUCACACCCCGACUAGCCCGUCACCGCCGGCGAUGAAAGGCCGAGGAAGGAAACGGAGCUCGUCGGUCUUUGACGACGACAUCUUAUACGAAUCCCAUGUUCUUGGCUUCUUCUCCAAGGAGAAUUUGUCCUGGGAUUCGAAUAAUCUGGCCUGCAUCCUCAUCUUCCCGCCCUUCCAACAUCGGCAACUGGGUCAGUUGCUCAUGGCAGUUUCCUACAAGCUGAGUGGAUGGGAGUGGGAAGGAGGUGUGAUCGGCGGCCCUGAGAAGCCUCUCAGUGCCAUGGGCCGUCGAAGCUACAUGAGGUUCUGGUCCGAACGUAUUGCUCGGUUUAUGAUGGGCCAGACAGCAGAUGCCGAUGCAAAACGGGUAUUCCACAGUUCCAGGAAGAGGACCAUCCACCCCAAAAAGGAGGAACUGACCGUCAAGGAAAUUGGCGAGCGAACGGGCAUGCUAGGAGAAGACGUUGCGGCUGCCUUGAUGGAGAUGGGAGUCUGCCAGCUAGUGACCCCGAAGCGGAAGAAGAAGACCUCGACCGAACUGAACGGGACCACAACCCACGGUGACUCGGAAUCGGAUGAGUUGGCUACAAUGAUGAUUCAAAGAUCCAAGAUAGUGGAAUGGGCGGAGAAACACGGUGUGGACUUGAUAAGCCCAGUGCCCGAGCAGGGAUUUCGGGGCGAGUGGGCACUCAGCGACCUGGAAAACAAUUCGGGCAACGGCGGCGAGCAUGACAAUGACAGUGCUACCACAUGA